UUUCCUCUAGUCCUCUCAUAUUCCUCUAAAUCUGCAGUGCCCCUCCCUAGCAAAGCCCAAACCAUCCAAGACCCGACACCAACCUCUUCCAAGUUCCAAUCGGCGAUCGAUAGCUGAUUUGUGUUUAUCAUCAUAAUGGCAUCCAAGGCUGAGGCAGAGGCAGAUUAUUCUCUCUUUGAGGAGAAGGUGAGGAGGACAGUUUAUGUUGACAAUCUCACACCGCAGGCCACCGAAUCUGUGUUGAGAACGGCCUUUAAUCAGUUUGGGAGUGUUAGAAGUGUGCAACUUAUCCCAAAUUACUUGGAGCCAAAGACUAUCCCACAGUGUGCUUUGGUGGAAAUGGAGAAACCAGAUCAAGCUAAAGAGAUUAUAUCAAUAUUAGCCCAAUAUCCUUUUAUGAUAUCUGGGAUGCCGAGGCCAGUCAGGGCACGUGCGGCUGAACCGGGGAUGUUUGAUGAUCGCCCAACACUGCCUGGUUUAAAGGUUCGGUGGCGCUGGUUGGAACCCAAUGAUCCCAAAUUUGAAGUGGCCACAAAAUUAAAAGGCAUGACUAGAAGGCACGCCAGUGAAGCUUCAUUCUUGCUCAAGAGUCAACUGGAUCAGGAAGAGAUGCUUGCAAAAGAGCAGGCGGCAUCCCUCAAAGCCAAUUACAAGAAGUACGAGAUGUUAGACGGUCUCAAGACUGAUCGAACGGCUCAUCACUUGGCACACCACUACAACAUGGGACUUAAGGAUUGAUGGCCUAUUUCUUGUCUUAGUUCCUUUCUCAUAUGCUGGUUUCUUUUUGUAUAAUGCAAAUCAAGGCAUGUGUUGUUUUAGUUAACCUAAACUUUGUGGUACAAGAUUUAGAUGUCAUAAGCUUUAACAGGAUGGACAAUUCAACAAAGAGAGAAUUGGCAUUACUUGAA